UCCCCAUCUCGCUCGCUGCCUCCCUCGCCUCUCUCCAUCUCUCAUUGGCCAUUCCGCCCGCAUGAAACCCCAAACCCUCGCCGGCAUCGCCGUCGUCGCCGCAGCAGCGCGCUCGUAGCCCGCCCCUCUCGCUCUCGCCCACGCACCGCCCCCCCCCUCCGCGCCCCCGAUCCCGCCCGCUCCGCAGCCGAUCCCGCCCCCGACGACGAUGAACGGCGCUGCGGCACCGGAGCGCUCGCCCUCAGCCUCGCCCCCGCUUCCGGCCCAGGCGCAGGCACAGGCGCCGCCCUCGCCCUCUCCGACGCAGCCGCUCGAGUGGAGGUUCUCCCAGGUGUUCGGCGAGCGCAGCGCCGGGGAGGAAGUCCAGGAUGUUGACAUCAUCUCAGCAAUAGAGUUCAAUAAAUCAGGACAUCAUCUUGCAACUGGAGACAGAGGUGGACGAGUUGUUUUAUUUGAAAGGACCGAUGUCAAAGAUCAUGCCUGUAGAAAAGAUGCUGAGAAAGCUGAUUAUUCUAUCAGCAGGCAUCCCGAAUUUCGCUACAAAACUGAGUUUCAAAGCCAUGAACCAGAGUUUGAUUACCUUAAGAGCUUGGAAAUUGAAGAGAAGAUUAACCAAAUAAAGUGGUGUCAAGCAGCAAAUGGUGCAUUGUUUCUUCUAUCCACAAAUGACAAAACAAUAAAGUUUUGGAAGGUCCAAGAAAAGAAGGUAAAAAAGGUAUCUGAGAUGAAUUUGGACCGUUCAGCUGCUCCUGCAAAUGGUAGUCCUGGUGGUGUGGGCUAUCUGAGCCCAUCUCUCUCAAAUGGCAAUGCUCUAAAACCUGGCGGGUUUCCUUUGCUUCGCCUGCCUGUGGUAGUUACAAGCCAAGAAACAAGUCUUGCCGCGAGCUGCCGAAGAGUAUAUGCUCAUGCACAUGACUACCAUAUAAAUUCUAUAUCAAAUAACAGUGAUGGUGAGACAUUUAUAUCAGCUGAUGAUUUGCGGAUAAAUCUCUGGAAUUUGGAAAUCAGCAAUCAAAGUUUCAAUAUUAUUGAUGUUAAGCCUACAAACAUGGAAGAUCUCACUGAGGUGAUAACAUCUGCUGAAUUCCACCCUACUCAUUGCAAUACAUUAGCGUAUAGUAGCUCUAAGGGCUCCAUUCGACUUGUUGAUCUGCGGCAAUCAGCCCUUUGUGACACUCAUUCCCAAAUCUUUGAGCAGCAUGAGGCCCCAGGUUCAAGAUCAUUUUUCACAGAGAUUAUAGCUUCAAUUUCGGACAUAAAGUUUUCGAAGGAUGGGAGACAUAUUCUCAGUCGCGACUACAUGACUCUGAAGCUUUGGGAUGUUAAGAUGAAUUCUGGUCCAGUUGCAACAUUCCAGGUUCAUGAGUAUCUGAGGCCUAAGUUAUGUGAUUUAUAUGAAAAUGACUCAAUUUUCGACAAAUUUGAGUGUUGUCAAAGUGGUGAUGGAUUAAGAGUAGCAACUGGUUCCUACAGCAACAUUUUUCGUGUGUUUGGUUGUGGUACUGGUAGCAGUGAGGCAACAACACUUGAAGCAACCCGAAACCCUACAAGGAGGCAGCUCCAGAAUCCAACUAGGGCUACCAGAUCCCUAAGUACUCUGACAAGGGCAGUUAGACGAGGUGGAGAAAGCACUGGAAUAGAUGCCAAUGGAAAUUCCUAUGAUCUGAGCACAAAGUUGCUCCAUUUGGCUUGGCACCCAUCUGAAAACCUAAUUGCGUGUGCUGCAGCCAAUAGCUUGUACAUGUACUAUGCAUAAACAAGCGAAAUGAACAGAGCGACAGUUUUUUUGGUGGUUGCUCCCGGUGAGAAAGACACGUUUAGCCCCUGGUGGAUUGAAGCCAGGAGUUGCUGGAGAUGGUGUAUCUUGUGCCAGUUGGAUGCAGUUCUUUUCGGUGUCAUAUAGAGCUGUCCAGAGUCCAAGAGGAAAUGACUCGAUCAUUCCCGGGAAGCAGCUUUGAUUCUGAUUAAUUUUUUUGCGGGGACAUGCUUGUCUUUCCCCCAUAGGUUCAUUUAGAUUUAAAGAUAAGGUCCUAGUUUGACAACAUUUGGGCAUCUGUAGUAGAUGUUAAGGGGAUGACGAUGAUCCACCGUUGUAUUCGUGUUGGGCAUGGGUUUGUAACUUCAGAGGGUGGCUGUUGAAGCUUUCGAUAAUUUUAUCUUACAUACAGGUCUACCUUUUUUUUUCCUCUUAUGUGGGGAACCUUAUUUUCGAGGAACGCUGGGACCUAUGUUUAAUGCGAACCCUAGAAUAGGUAAUAUACUCUGUCAUUCUAUUGUAUGUACAUUUUAAAAUAGCUGGAAAUGGUUCUGCUGUUGUUUAGUA